CUGUCUGUGACACCGAGAUCUGCUGCUGUUUGCCUGGGGAUGCCCCGUGCUUUGUAUCUGCCAGGCACAGCGGGGCUGUGACAUCAGACGUUUUCAAAACAAAGAAUUCAAGCCCAUCCUUCUGCUGAAAGGAAGAUUGCCAACAUGCCAACUGAGAGAAGGUAGGAGAGGCACAGCCAGUGACACGAAGUAUGAUUGUUACAUUAUACCUGUGGUGAAGCUCUGUGGAAGAUAGAUGUGUGUGCUGCAAUGGUGACAUAAAGAUUUCACAGGACUGGAACAAGUUGUUGAGAACCUGUGUUUGUUUUUCAUGCUGCUGUCGAGAACUAUCUAAGGCAAGUAAACACCAUGAGUUUUAUCCUGAAACUUCACAGACAUUUUCAAAGAACAGUUAUUUUGCUGGCCACUUUUUGUAUGGUGAGCAUAGUUAUUUCUGCCUACUACUUGUAUAAUGGCUACAAACAGGAAAAUGAACUUCCUGAAAUCUCUUCAGAAGUGGAAUGUGGUGAUCCUCAACUGUUGCCAUACAAGCUGAUGGAGAUGAAGACCAUGAAGCCUCUUGAUCCCUUGAGGACAGACCUUGUAGUGCUGGUGUUUGUGGAAAGCCAGUACUCCACUUUAGGCCAAGAUAUAAUAACCAUCUUGGAAUCCAGCAGAUUUCAGUUCCACAUUGAGAUUGCUCCUGGGAAAGGUGACCUCCCGGUGCUUAUAGACAAAAACAGAGGCAAAUACGCUCUCAUAGUCUAUGAAAAUAUUCUGAAGUAUGUGAAUAUGGACUCUUGGAACAGAGGCCUUCUAGAUAAGUACUGUAUAGAAUAUGGUGUAGGUGUUAUUGGAUUUCACAAAGGCAGUGAGAACAGCCUGCAGAGCUUUCAGUUGAAGGGUUUUCCUUUCCACGUCCACAGCAAUCUGGGUAUUAAGGACUGUUGCAUUAACCCUCAUUCCCCACUGCUCCAUGUGACUAAAUCUUCUAAGCUGGAGAAAGGGCCCUUGCUUGGAAAUGACUGGGCUGUUUUCCAGAUUAAUCACACAGCUUAUCAACCAGUGAUAUUUGCAAAAGUAAAGACACCAGAAAACCUUUCUCCACCUGCUGCUCUCAGUGCUCUCUAUGCCACGGUAAUUCAUGACCUGGGGCUCCACGAUGGGAUACAACGAGUCCUUUUCGGCAAUAACUUGAAUUUUUGGCUGCACAAGCUGAUUUUCAUAGAUGCCAUCUCUUUCCUAACUGGAAAGAAGCUCAGACUGUCCUUGGAUAGGUACAUUCUGGUUGACAUAGAUGACAUCUUCGUUGGGAAGGAGGGAACGAGGAUGAACACCAACGACGUACAGGCCCUGCUUGACACUCAGAAUCUUUUGAGAGCCCAGAUUACAAAUUUUACUUUCAACCUGGGAUUUUCAGGGAAGUUUUAUCACACAGGGACUGAGGAGGAGGAUGAAGGUGAUGACCUGCUGUUGAGAUCAGUGGAUGAGUUCUGGUGGUUUCCCCACAUGUGGAGUCACAUGCAGCCCCACCUCUUCCACAACGAGUCCUCGCUGGUGGAGCAGAUGAUCCUCAACAAAAAAUUUGCCUUAGAACAUGGUAUUCCAACUGACUUGGGCUAUGCAGUGGCUCCACACCAUUCUGGGGUGUAUCCAGUGCAUGUUCAGCUUUAUGAUGCCUGGAAAAAGGUCUGGAACAUCAGAGUUACCAGCACAGAAGAAUACCCACAUCUGAAGCCUGCAAGGUACAGACGAGGCUUCAUCCACAAAAACAUCAUGGUGCUUCCUAGGCAAACUUGUGGCUUGUUCACCCACACCAUUUUCUAUAAAGAGUAUCCUGGUGGUCCAAAGGAACUAGACAAAAGUAUUCAAGGAGGAGAGUUGUUCUUCACAGUGGUUCUCAAUCCAAUCAGCAUCUUCAUGACACACUUGUCUAACUACGGGAACGACCGCCUGGGCUUGUACACCUUUGUCAACCUGGCCAACUUUGUUCACACCUGGACAAACCUCAAACUGCAAACCCUUCCUCCAGUUCAGCUGGCUCACAAGUAUUUUGAACUAUUCCCUGAGCAAAAGGACCCUCUCUGGCAGAACCCCUGUGAUGACAAACGGCACAGAGAUAUCUGGUCUAAGGAAAAAACCUGUGAUCGAUUGCCAAAAUUCUUGGUCGUAGGACCCCAGAAAACUGGUACCACAGCCUUGUAUUUGUUCCUGAUCAUGCAUCCUUCCAUCAUUAGUAACUCCCCCAGCCCAAAAACCUUUGAGGAGGUACAGUUCUUUAAUAGAAAUAACUACCACAGGGGGAUUGAUUGGUACAUGGAUUUCUUCCCCACUCCUUCUAAUGUCACCACUGACUUCCUCUUUGAGAAAAGUGCCAACUAUUUCCACUCUGAGGAAGCUCCCAAGAGAGCUGCUUCCCUCAUCCCCAAGGCCAAGAUCAUCACCAUCCUCAUCGACCCGUCCGACCGGGCGUAUUCCUGGUACCAGCAUCAGCGAUCACAUGAAGAUCCUGCAGCUCUGAAAUUCAGCUUCUAUCAGGUGAUCACAGCUGGUCCUCGAGCCCCCUCUGAGCUCAGAGCUCUCCAGAAGAGAUGCCUGGCCCCUGGAUGGUACGCUAUCCAUAUUGAAAGAUGGCUAACUUACUUCCCACCUUAUCAGUUGCUCAUUAUUGAUGGACAGCAGCUGAGAACUGACCCAUCUACCGUAAUGGAUGAAGUACAGAAAUUCCUGGGAGUCUCUCCUCACUAUAAUUACUCUGAAGCCCUAACGUUCGACUCACAUAAGGGAUUCUGGUGUCAGCUCCUGGAAGAAGGAAAAACAAAGUGUCUUGGAAAGAGCAAAGGCAGAAAAUACCCUCCUAUGGAUUCUGAGUGCAGGGCCUUUCUGUCAAGCUACUACAGAGAUCACAACGUGGAACUGUCAAAACUUCUUCACAAAUUGGGACAACCCCUGCCAUCGUGGCUGAGACAGGAGCUGCAGAAAGUGAGAUAGCAUUGGAAAACAGCUGUUUGAAAUCUCCCUUCCACACUUCACUCAUCAUACCUAAACUCUCCAGCAGCUACCAGAAGGUCUUGUAAGAUAUACCUCUUCGAAAAAGUGUAAAAGAUAGAAAUUAUUUCCAUAUGCUGGCAUGUGGAUUGUAAAAAAUACAUGCAUUUCUUAGAGCUCUGAUGGGCCAGAUCUUUCUUACAAACAUUUCUGGGCCUGUGGACUUGUGGACUACUGUGCACAAAUGUGGAAGUUAUUUACAGCUGGUAAAAGCGUCAGAAACACAUGACCUGUCCAAUUUCAUGGUAAAUAUUUACAUUUUUAUAUAUCAGUUUAAAAGUAUUGUGUCUCAUGUAGGUUUUGUAGCCCAUUGUUAGGCCGCUGACAGUUUUUCUUACUAUUUGAUUAUUGUGUUGCAUAAGGUAAGAAAAGUUAAUGUAGCACAAAAUGCCAAGUGUACUUCUGCCUUUGGAAUCAGCUUGGUAAUAACCCAAAGUGUGUACAAACACAGGUGAGAAUCACAGUUUAUGUGAUAUAUAUGAUUUAGCUGUGCACAGCAACUAAAUACACAGAGCAAAAUCUGGAAGCCGCUGGCAAAAGCAGUGCAGAGAAAACCAAACUCAUGCAAACAAAACUAUCAUAGGAACCUGUGAUUAUAUCCUGUAACAGCAAACCCUUACAGUGUGGUAAGGACCUUUGUCCAUAAUUAUGUCUGAUCUUGUACUGACUGAAAUGUUAGAAUAUAGCCAUUAUCUGAACAGAAAUUAAUUUGGACAUGUGAAGCACAAAAAUUGCAGUAAAGUCCUCAUGAGCAGUAUCAAACUUAAACAAUUGUGACUCAAACUGGAGCAGUGGAAGAAACUCCUGGUUCUGUGAGCAGCCAGAUCCAGGCACUGCACUCACAGGCUUGCUGUGAAUCAGGAGUAUCUGCACUGAAACGGAUGAAAAACUCAAAAAGAGCAGAAAGAGAUCCAUACUUUUAUUGCCUUAAGUUGCACUAUUUUUUCUUUUAUUUGCCUUUUUGCUUUCCAAGAUCCUUCAACCUCAUCAAAAUUGUAGCACAUUUCAGUAACCUUCAGUUUACAUCAGCUGCAAAAUUCUAUCAGAUUUCGAGAAGAAAAUACAGGUCCUGGUUCCAAACAUCUUAAACAUAUUUGAUAUUAAAAGUUGAGGAAGAAGAUCAGUGACAACUUCAGCUGACUGUGACCUUAAUGCUUCUGCACUGAACUUUGGCUCCGAGUGUUUCUAAAGGCAUGAAGGGGUAGUGAAAACAAAAGAGAACUACAGUACUAAAUGCAGUGUUUUAUACAGUAGCUCUUAUAAUGUUUUCAUACUUUGUUUUAGGGCGAAUACUUAAAAACGUGCAUCAAAUGGUGGAAAAACUUUCUGUGUCUCAGUGCUGUUUUACGACAUUCCUGUAAUCAUAUGAUUUAACUUUCAAGGUAAUGGAAUGGAAACCAGUCUGUUAUUCCCUAAAUAGAAAACAGAUGUUGAGAUCCUUACUGUACCUCUAACUGGUAAUCUUUAUUUAUUGAUUUUGUCUAUGUAAUACGUGGUUUUGAUAAGCCUGUAAAGAAAAAAAUCUAGACAAAUUUGCUGUAUAUACCAGUAUUCUUUACACAGCACAUUUUUGCUAAGGGAAUAUGCAUGAUUAAUGAUGAGGACCUGCUAGAGUAGACAUUUUUUAAGAUGAACAUCUUUAUUAUUUAUUAGAAUGAGAAUUUUCAUUUCAUUUUAAAUAUUCACUGUCGUGUGGAUUUGUCUCAAAAGCUGACUUGUCUUAAAAUACUUCUUAUUUGAUAAAAGAAAUACUCUGGAUUUUGAACAUCUGUAAAAGCAAGUACUCUGUGUGCUAUGGACAGCUCAUGCUUCCUGCAAGCAUCUGUAUAGAUUUGUUACAACUAAAUUGAAUAACUGGAGAAAAUACCCCGGGUUUUCAUCCCGGCGUGAUUGAUUUUACCCUUGAUGUAACCUGAUGUAACAUCACUCAAACAUUUUUAAAAAAUCCACAGGGAUUGCACAAAGCUCCUGUUGUGCACUGCUGCCUCGGUUACUCCACGUUCUUCAGUGGAACAAUUAGAAAAUAGAAGAAAAUGGGAAAAACCUUGGGCACCUAUCAAGUGCCUGAUAUUUUCAGGGUGAGAGAACCGUCUGCACAGAGAUUUGAGUGCCUCCUACGUGCAGGAGGAAUGGCCUUCAGCCACAUUCGUAAGUUCAUUCUUUGUUUUAAAGAAUUCCCUCUCUGUCUUCCUUCUCUGGGAGAAGAAUGGGAAUGAGUGUGCAGCCAAGGCCAGGGCAGUGAUGGGGACAUGCACAUUGCUCACAUUGUCCCCUGGGAAGUUGUACAGCCCAACGGUGGUCCCCGUGAGGCACUGGCAUAAUAACUCCUCCACAUGCACGACCUUGGCCUUGGAUAGAUUAUCGCUUUUUUAUAAAAGAUAGGAAGCCACAUCUGUUUUCUCCGGAGCUAUUCUACUUAAAUAUGUUCUUACAUUUAACAGGAGCCUUUAAAAAACAAGAGUGACUUUUAACAUGCAGUCAGCUUGAUGAAGGAUGAGGAGGCUGAGCACAGCAUGCAGGCAGCAGCUAGAUGAGUUAUUUCCCGUGUCAUAGGAUGGACAUGAGUACAGCAGAGUAAGCAAGUCAUACCACAUGAGUUAUCUGGCAAAGUUUAACCUCUCUCUUCACAGCUUACCUACAGCCAGUGUUUGGUUUCCAGAAAUAGACUAUCAGUAUUAAUACUCUUAAAAAAAAUACUGAUUUCUUACAAUGAAUUUCUGUUUGCGAGUCAAAGUCGGAUGUUUGAUUGUGGCUGGUAACACAGCCAUGGUUUCUGUUCCCCUGGUAGGUAACUGCACAAGAAUUUCUUUGACAACUGCGUGAUUAUUUGAGCUUUGCCUUUGUUUUCUGAAAUCAGAUUCUGAAAUUUGCUUUCUGCCGACCUCUGUGCCAUUAAAAACCAGUGUGUGGUUAUGAGCAGAAAGUGACCACUCGGGGGGGUGUAAACACAGAGCCUGAUACUCAAUUACCUAAUUAUUUGAGCAAACAUUCCUGAAAAUACUGUGAUAUUUUCCCAGUUCUUCUUGUGCAGAAAGAAUUAGUUUGAAUGAUUUGCAGACUAUCUUGUACAGAAUACCCUUUUUCAUUGCUUAAAAAUGUGAAACUUCCUCAGGAAGAAAUUAAAUAGAUAUUUCGAUGUUUAUAGAUGUAAUACUCUUGUCAUUCACAUUGAAUGAAUAUUGCUGGAAACAUUUUUCUCAGAGUUUUUUUAAAUAAAAAAAAAUAGAUAUUAUUCUGAUAGUGGCAUGGUAUUUGAAGUGCAACAAUAAACUCUGAUAAGAAAAUGUA